AAAACCUUGGAGCAAAUGGUCAUCUUCAGUUCUCUGACUCACCUACAUCAAAACUUCAUGUUCCAUUAAUGGCUGAUUCUGCAUAACACACAAGAAGAUUAUUGAGGAAUUAAGGAUGGGAUGCAUUUGUUCAAAACAGUCAGAUGUGCAUGAUUUUGUUCCUGAAAUAGAAAAGAUUAGAGAUCAUCCUAAAGAUAAUAACACUGCUAUUUACAAGGAGAGGCCUAAAAGUGGCCCUCAGAGGCAUUCAACAACUAUUAGUUCAACAGAAGGAAGACAACAGGCAAUGUGUAGAGUCGGAGGCAUACCACACAGUGCCAAAGCCGAGCAGGUCGCUGCUGGAUGGCCCUCGUGGCUUGCCUCCGUUGCUGGGGAGGCCGUUCAUGGCUGGACUCCGAGGAGUCCACGUUCAUACCAAAAAUUGAACAAAAUAGGGCAAGGGACUUACAGCAGUGUUUACCGGGGGCGUGACCUAACAACGGAUAAGAUUGUAGCAAUGAAGCUAGUGAGAUUUUCAAACAUGGAUCCAGACAGUGUCCGGUUCAUGGCAAGGGAAAUUUGCAUGCUUCGGAGGUUAGACCAUGUGAAUGUGAUGAAACUCGAAGCUCUUGUGAUAUCGAGGAUCAGCGUGUACCUUGUGUUCGAGUACAUGGAACACGAUCUUGCUGGACUUGUAGCAUCACUGGAGGUCAAAUUCACCGAAGCUCAGAUCAAAUGUUAUGUUAGACAAAUGUUGCUAGGACUACAACACUGUCAUAGUCGAGGCAUUCUUCAUCGCGAUAUCAAGGGCUCAAAUCUUCUAGUUGGUGAUGACGGGGUACUUAAAAUCGGGGAUUUUGGUCUGGCAACAUCCUUUGGCCCUGACCGGAAGCAGGUAUUGACUAGCCACGUCGUAACUCUGUGGUACAGAGCCCCCGAGCUACUGUUGGGUGCAACCGAGUACGGAGUAGAGAUUGAUAUGUGGAGUGCCGGUUGCAUUAUUGCUGAACUCUUUGCAGGGAAGCCUAUUAUGCCAGGAAGUACCGAGGUGGAACAAUUGCAUAAGAUAUUCAAACUAUGUGGUUCACCUUCAGAGGAGUACUGGGGGAAGUCAAAUUUACCUCAGGCUACUAGCUUUAGGCCACGGAGGCCGUACAGACGGCGUGUUGCAGAAGCUUUCAAACACUUCCCUUCGUCGGCUUUGGCCCUGGUGGAAACGCUUCUCUCUAUUGACCCAGCGCUCAGAGGCACGGCUUCUUCUGCACUCAAAAGCACGUUCUUCACUUCACGCCCUCUUCCCUGUGAUCCGCCUAGCUUGCCCAAAUAUCCACCAUGUAAGGAGCUUGAUGCCAAGCUUCGAGAAGAGGAAGCAAGAAGGCAAAAUGCACAGAUUGUAGUAGAAGACGGAGCUGAACGUCAAAGAGCAGGUUUGGAGAAGACAUGCUCUCAUGACCCAAACACGUCCUCUCAGAAUGAAAAAGAUGAUGCUCACCGUUCAAUUGCGGUACAGACAAUCAGCUGUUCCCGACAGGCUUCUCAACUACGUGCAAAGGGCGUGUCUAAUAAUGAUUCGAUGGAUUACAUUGCUAAGAAGAAGAGGAUAUUUCAGUCUGGGCCAUUGAUACCUCAAGGAGGCAACGCGGACGACUUGCUAAAAGAGCAAGAGAGACAAGUUCAAGAGGCGCUGCGUAAAUCACACCAAGGCAAAAGGAGAGACAAAGCUGGGGCAGGGAGAAAUGAACAUGCCUAAAUACUAGA